UUCUGUUGGUAAAAACAGAAUCAAUCUUGGAAAGAGAAUAUCACCUCUUGUCUCUCCCCUGCUUGGCUCUCUAUUGGGCAAAGGGAUAUACAGCACUCCUCUCCUCCUCUGUCUUCUCUCGUUCCUGGAAAGCGUCGAUCUAAUCCUUUGCUUGUUUAGUCUCCCUGCUCUUUUGGGGUUGACACUUUUUGGAUUCUUUUUUUCCCUCUCCUCUGGGCUCUUCCUCUUCUUCCACAGUUUGCCUUGUCUUGCUUUCCCUCUUGUUUUCUUCCUCAAUCAAGGACUGGUGCAGAAAGAUAGCAGACUGACUUUCAAAAGGAUAGACAGAUAGAGAGAGGGGGAGAGAGAGGAAGAGGAGAACCCCAGUCUUUGAUCAAGUCUGUCAGCAAAGCAGCCAUAAGUACAGAGGCAGAAUGUCCACCCCAGUCUCUCCCUCUCCCUCCCUUUCUUCCCUGACUGUGUCCACCCCGUCCCCCUCUGCGUCCCCACUGCCCUCUCCCCUCUCGGCUCCACCGCGGGUCCCAGUCUUCCAGAGGAAGGGGGCCCUGAAACACAAGAGGAUUGUCGAGGUGAAGGACCAUCAGUUCACGGCCCGCUUCUUCAAGCAGCCCACCUUCUGCAGCCACUGUACUGACUUCAUCUGGGGCAUUGGGAAGCAGGGAUUUCAAUGUCAAGUGUGUAGUUUUGUGGUCCAUAAGCGCUGUCAUGAGUUUGUCACCUUCACCUGCCCGGGAGCUGUCACCGGACCCAAAGCAGAGGAUGUGAAGAGCAAACACAAGUUCAAGCUGCAAACAUAUUCCAGCCCCACCUUCUGUGACCACUGUGGCUCUCUGCUCUACGGCCUCAUACACCAGGGCAUGAAGUGCUCCUGUUGUGAUAUGAACGUUCAUAAGCGCUGUGAGAGCAGCGUGCCCAGCCUCUGUGGCCACGAUCACACAGAGAAGAGGGGACGCAUCCACAUCACGGCCCGCAUCGAGAGGGAGGACCUGUACGUCACAGUGCGCGAGGCUCGUAACCUCAUCCCCAUGGACCCCAACGGUCUGUCUGACCCCUACGUGAAGCUCAAACUGAUCCCCGACCCCAAGAGCCAAAGCAAACAGAAAACCCGGACCAUCCGCUCCACUCUCAACCCUGUGUGGAAUGAAAGCUUCACCUUCUCCGUGCGAGGUCGCCAGUGGGACCGCCGCCUGUCGAUAGAGGUGUGGGAUUGGGAUCGCACAUCUCGGAAUGACUUCAUGGGAGCGCUGUCGUUUGGCGUGAGUGAGAUAUUCCGCCGCUCCGUCAGCGGCUGGUUCAAACUGCUCAACCAGGACGAGGGCGAGUACUACAACAUCCCUGUCCCUGACCCCGACCUGCAGGAGCCUUCUCCCGACGCGCCUCCUGGCCUCCCCUCUCCGAGCGUGGGGCCCCUCCCCUCGCCCGUCCCGGUAUCGGUGCCCAUGGCAACGCCGCCCCCCGUCUCCGUCCCGCUCCCCUCCCCGGCCGCCCCCGUGGUCCCGUGCGUGGCCCCGUGCGUGGCCCCGUGCCCACCGCCGCUGCCCGUGGUGGGCAAGCCUGGCAUCUCCAUGCAGGACUUCAACUUCCUCAUGGUGCUGGGGAAGGGCAGCUUUGGAAAGGUGCUGCUGGCUGAGGAGCGGGGCUCGGAGCGCCUCUACGCUGUCAAGGUGCUCAAGAAGGACGUGCUCUUCCAGGACGAGGACACGGAGAGCGCGCUGGUGGAGCGGAGGGUCCUGGCGCUCACCGGCCGACCUCACUUCCUCACUGCGCUCUACGCCGCCUUCCAGACCGAGGACCGACUGUAUUACGUGAUGGAGUACGUGAAUGGAGGUGACCUGAUGUUUCAUAUCCAGAUUGUGGGCAAGUUCAAGGAACCCCAUGCUGCGUUUUAUGCUGCAGAGAUAGCCAUCGGCCUGUUCUUCCUGCAUAACAAAGGGAUCAUCUAUAGAGACCUGAAGCUGGACAACGUGCUGCUGGACAGUGAGGGCCACAUCAAGAUAGCUGACUUCGGGAUGUGUCGGGAGGGGAUGAUGGAGGGGGAUACCACGCGCACCUUCUGUGGGACUCCUGAUUACAUCGCUCCCGAGAUUGUGGCAUAUCAGCCCUAUGAUAAGGCUGUGGACUGGUGGUCCUAUGGAGUGCUGAUGUAUGAGAUGCUAGCUGGACAGCCUCCCUUUGAUGGUAUUGAUGAGGAGGAGUUGUUCCAGUCUAUCAUGGAGCAGAGUGUCUCCUAUCCCAAGUGUCUGUCCCGCGAGGCCGUGUCCAUCUGCAAAGGGCUCCUGACUAAGCACCCUGGGAAGCGUCUGGGUGGGGGUGAGGACGCAGAGAGGGAGAUUCGGGAGCAUCCGUUCUUCCGCUGGAUUGAUUGGGACAGACUGGAGAGGCUGGAGGUCCAGCCGCCAUUCAAGCCCCGAACCGGUGGGCGGAAAGGAGAAAACUUUGACAAGUUCUUCACGGGGACCUCUGCGACCUUGACGCCCUCUGACCCUGAUGUCCUGGCUGCCAUCGAUCAGGACGACUUCCAGGGCUUCACUUACGUGAACCCCGAGUUUCCCUCCUCUCCCCUCACAGCAGUCUGACCCAUCCUACCAGCGGCCAUCUAAUGAUCUCAAUAGUAACAUCAAAUAAGGCUAGAUAUAAUAGCAUUUUCAAUCAUGGUCAAAAGGACACUAUUUCAAAAGCUGUUCCAUCUGGAUUGCAAUGUGGCCAUAACAGCAAUGCUGUAAAAGCAAACACAAACUGCUCACACUAAAACAUUAAUUUAAACAGAUAAAUUAAUGAAAUUACCUCGUCUUCUAUUCACAGUGUGCUGUACUAUAGUAUGAGUGGAACAAAUGGGUAGAUGAGUUUUUUUAAUCAGCUUUAAUCAUGUCAUUUUUCCAGACAGUUGCAUGCUGAAAGUAACCACAACACUCUAUCAAAGUAGUUUCUAAAACACCAUGAAAGUCAUCAUAUAACAUGCUAAUUAUUUGUUCUAAAAUACAAAAAUACAAGUAUUUCAUUACCCUUCCCUUCAUGUAAUCUAAAAUCAACACCUUAGUGUUGGUCUUCCAAAAGAGGACCUCUCCUGGACUAAAACAUAUUGUUUAGCUUUAUCUGCUGUGUAAUAUAUUGUGUUGAAGUUGAGCAUGCAUCAGCAUUCAUUAAAAAGCCAGCAUAGUAAUGUAUCCCUCUACAUCUACAUAUCUUUAUACCUCUAUAUUCAUUUGAUAUUUGCAUAGCAUUUUGGCCCAUUAUCCUUAUUAAGGUGUUGAUGUCAUAAACCAGUGGCUUUAAAAGUUAUGAUAUUACAUUGUUAUAUUACAAUUAUAUUACUGGAACUUUACCCUCUUAUCAGAAGACUGUAGGAGAUCUUGCAAAAUCUGACUCAGUUCUGACCUGGAGUGACCCAGGCUGCUUGACCUGUGAGAGGGCUGACUUUGCAUAAAGCGAUAACACCGCCCACAUGCAUCUUAAGCCUGCUCACCCCCGCAGAUGUCAAAGCAUCAGUGACACAGCUAGAUACCCCAAGUGACAUCAGAGGUGAGGAUAAACCUGCAGUACCCCACUACUGCUCCAUCUCCAUCAGAGUGCAACUGAGGAACUGUGCAACUCAUAUGAAUUAAUGUAUUUGUUAUUGUGUGUGUGUGUGUAUAUAUGUAUAUAUAUAUAUACUGUAUAUAUAUAUAUAUAUAUAUAUACAUAUAUGGAUGUGUGUCUGUGUGUGUCCAUAGAGUAUGUCUGUUACUGCCUGAGUCUAUGCAUCCACAAAGCACAGCAUGGCAUACAGUAGUCUUUAAGAAUGAAUGAAACACAUUGUAUGAUCUUGAAUAACUGUUUUGUUUAAUUUCUUUAUUUUGAUAACAUUUUAACUGACAGAAUAACUAGACUGAAUCAUGUGUAAGUCUUUUCCAUUCCAAAUGUGCAGAUGCACUUAUUGUUAUACCAUUUGAUUUACGGUGGGUUUAUAAUCAAGAUCUCUCUGUAUUGAUCUCUGUACUGUGCAUAAUCGCCGCUACACUUCACUGUGGGAGACUGAACUAUACUCUUGUAGGCUUUGAACUGCAAAUGGUGGACUGGUUAAUGGCAAAAGUGGGCCACAGCAAGCCAUGAAUCUCACAGUGACAACUGGGGAUCUAUCUCUUUUACCCAGCGAAGCAGUAUAGGAGUCAAUCACUGGGCUGUGACCUCAAAAGUUAACUGUGUCAUGAGAGAACUCAAUUAAUGCUCCUACCACACUGGAGAACAGAGGGGAUGUAAAAAGAUACAAGAACUCUUUGUUCUGCAGAGGAGAAAAAAAAUCUUUAAGCCACUCUGGGUGAUAUAAGUGCUGAAGUUACAAUAGACCUUUUAAAUUAGGAAAUGAAGGGCAGAGCAUGUUUGCAGUGAAAUGUGUCUUUCGUUAUUUCACUUUUUAUUGGCAUGCUUUUCAAGUGUCUGUCUCUCAGUGCAAAUCCACUUCUUCAGUGACUAAUCUAGGCACAAACCUACUUUACACAUGAAAUAUGAUCUCAUGUGAUCUUAUUUCUAAACAAAGAGUUUCAGUGUUCAGUCCUUCUAUGUGAAGUUGUGUAAAGUGUCCAGAGAUAUGGCGACAAAAUGAUUACAAGACUUACGUCGGAUUUAUCUGUUUCAUAAUCGAUGUGACAACAAAUACCUAUCUGCUUGCCAAUCAGUAUCCUGUUAACACUCAAGUACACAGUCCAUUUACUAUACCAUGAACCUGAACAAGAAAUAACUGCUGUGGUCUAAACUUCUGAUGCUUACUCUUGUCUUGCUCCCCAUGGGAAGGUCCAGGGUUGUUAUUAAUACGUUUCAAAUUCAGACACACAUUGAUAUUCCCCUGGCUUGUUACAGUAAUUAAAUUCUGUUGACUUGAGCAGGUUCUUGUUUGGCUGUCUCUAGUGUUUAAUCAUGCCCCAUGCAGGGUGAAGCUGAAUAUCUACUGAUGGGCAAUAAUGAGACGGUUUGCCCUUGUCAGUAGUUCAAAGCAUCUAAAAUACACAACUAUUAAUUAUGUAAUUAAAGUACAUUGGAGCUAGUGGUCAAAAGCACAUUUACACAAUGGAGAUGUUAAAUGUAUUUUAUUUGAAAUGACAUCAUAUAUAGAUAGAUACAGUGCUCAUAUAGAUAGAUAAAAAAGAAAGACUGUGACGUUUACUUAAAUAAGAUAAAUGUUUAUCUUUAUAGUGUGGUCAUGUCAUCUUUUGUGCCUGGCCCAUGGGUUUCUGAAACAAAAUAAAGAG